AAUUAACACAUGUUCUAUAACAAAUAUGACGACCCCUAAGAAAGAUUUAACAACUGCUCACCAAGACUUUUUAAUACAUAUGUACGAAAAGGAAACUGCGCUAACUUUAAAAUGGUAUAGAACCUAUCAGAGUUCAACAAAAAAACGUGCCAAUUUCCCCGUACAUUAUAAUAAAAAUAUUAAUAAUGAACACCUACAGCGGGAAUUUAUUGCCAACAGACUGGAAGAUUUUAAACACGAUGAUGCGGUUAAACACGGGGAUAAAGAAACAGAUGCGAUUGAUAAAAAAUUCCUGAAUAUUAUGAAACCUGUUGAUCCAGAUGUUAAAAAGAUAUUGAUUUCAGCUGUUCCGGAUGCACGCAACAAAUAUUUAAAGGAACGUUAUAACGUUCUUCCGGAAAAUCGUUACUAUUUUCCAGAAUGCACGAAUUUUGAUUACGGUUGGGAAAUGUGGAGCAGUCCGAAACAGUAUCAGGGUUUUGGAAACCAGGCCAUAAUCAAAAAUUCAUUUUAUCGAAGAAACGGAACUCAACGAGAUCCAGACUGGUACAGGGAACCAUGCAAGCUAAGCCCCACCAUAUGCGGCAUCAUUUAAUAAACAUUUCGAC